AAUGUGAAUUUUGGUUAAAUAUGGACGAAUCAACUGUGGAAUCAGCUACAGAGUUUUGGGGGAGAACCCGAGAGGCUGUAGCACACUUCCGAAAGUUGCUUUUGUGCUCGAAAUGUACUAAUAUCCUGAGUGAGCCGGUGUGUCUGGGGGUCUGUGAUCAUCUGCUCUGCAAGUCAUGCGCGGGUCCUGGAGCCGGCUGCAGCGUGUGCCACAGUCCCGCCUGGGUGAAGGACGUCCACAAGAACAGGCAGCUCGGUAACAUCACCGAGCUCUUCCUGAAGCUGGAGGCGCUGCUUCAUCCUCCCGAGUCCACAGCCUCUUCUGCAGAGCCCUCCCCCCCCUCACCCCAACCCAGCGUCCUCACCAAGAAGAAGAACCUGAAGAUCUGGUUCAGCCCCAAGAGCCGCGGCGUACGCUGCAGCGUGGCGACCCCGGCGGAGGAUCCCGCCCCGGGCACCUCCAAACUCAAACGCUCCAACCCUCUCUCUGUCUUCAACUUCUCCUCCUCGCAGGACUCGGGCUCCUCCACCCCGCCCGGACCGGGUCCGGACCAGGAGCGCAGGAAGAAACGGAAGAGACGGAGCGGCGGGUCGGUCCCCAGAACCGGACCCGCCACCCGCCAUCAGAGCAGGCGGGCGCUGAAGAGGAUGAGGCUGGAGGCCGUGAACCAGCAGUGGGGGUUCGGUCAGGAGGGCGUGGCCCGGGGUGAGAAGGUUCCUGUGGAUCGCGGUGGGGAACCACGCAGCAAGAGGGUCUCCUUCCAGUGCUCGGGGGACGAAAUCCCACCGAGCGAGAGUCCGGGAACCAGAUCGUCCAGUGAGCGGAAGUCUCCAGCUCAGAUAAGCCCGCCUACCAGUGAGGUCACAGAGACGGAACCAGGCGCUCAUUCUUCUCCAAUCGUGACCCCUAAACGAUCCAGACCAGAAGAUGUUGACCAACAGAGAACCCCCAAGAGGCCCAGAUCGUCCCCGGGUCGAAGGAGAAGGUCGGGACCUGUUUCCGAAACGUCCAAAGAGGGGCAGAAGGAAACCCGGAGCGUCUCUCCUGCCCCUCCGAGGGCACAGAGCAGCCCGGGGUACAUGAAGAGGAACCACAAAGGAGAGACGCCGCUCCACCUCGCCGCCAUUAAGGGCGAUGCAGAGAUGGUGCGAGAGCUGCUGGCGCAGGGUGCCGACCCCAACCUGAAGGACCACGCCGGCUGGACUCCACUGCAUGAGGCGUGUAAUCUGGGUCACGUGGGCGUGGUGGAGGUGCUGCUCCUGCAGGGGGCGAUGCUCAACACGCCCGGCUACGAGAACGACUCGCCGCUGCACGACGCCGUGAGGAACGGCCACGUCGCCGCCGCCAAGCUGCUACUGGAGCGCGGCGCACUGACCAGCGUUCUAAAUAUUUUUGGCCUUCGCCCCGUGGAUUAUGCAGCGACUCCGGAAAUGCGAGAGGUCCUAAGCUCGGCCCCUGAGGCGACUCCCGGCACGGCGACGCCCAUCAGCUCUCCAGCCAAUCAGCUAAAGUCUGCAGCUCUAAUAAAACGGGACGUGCAGGUCACUCUCAUCAGCAGCUCUCUGACCCAGGUCCAGCAGAACCAGCUGCACCAAUCGGGCCGGGUCUUGGGGGCAAAGCGUGUCGAGGUGUUCUCCAGUGCUGUCACUCAUGUGAUCGUACCCGAUGGUCCUGCACCGUCCACCCUGACUGUUCUGCGGGGAAUUCUCAACGGAUGCUGGGUCGUAACCUUCCCAUGGCUCUCUGAAAGCCUGCAGCAGGGCCGCUGGAUGGAGGAGGAGGAUUUCGAGGCGGAUGAGGGGCCCCGGAGGGCCCGAGUGAACCGAGUCAGUCUGCUGCCGCCGCUGUUCGACGGCUGCUUCUUCUACCUGCUGGGAUCUUUCGGGACGCCCUCCAGAGACGAGCUGGUACAGCUGGUGAGGGCGGGAGGCGGGCAGCUGCUGACGCGCCAGCCCAAAGCAGACAGCGACGUGACUCAGACGGUGAACACGGCGGCGUAUCACGCUCGGCCCGACUCCGACCAGGCCUUCUGCACCCACUACGUCCUGUACGAGCCCCGGAACUCGUCCAGACCCGGUCCGGUCCGGCUGGGGAAGGUGUGGUCGGCUCCCUCGUCGUGGCUGCUGGACUGUAUCGAGGCGUUCGGUCUGCUUCCUGUACCUGAGCUGGGUUAGAAACCUGUACAGCGCACGUAAUCAUGUUUACUCAGAGAGUAAAGCAGUUAAAA